GAUAAAAGGGGCACCUCUCCCCAGAGCGCUGCGGAGUCUCUCCGGCUGUGCAGGGCCCUUCUCUGCUGCCGCGAUGAACCGGGCACUCAGCAUGCGGGCGGGAGGAGGAGGAGGCCGAUCCUACAGCGCUGCCUCGGCCAUAAUCCCGAGCAGCAACAGGGCUGGCUUUAGUUCUGUGUCUGUGGCACGAGCAGGAGGAGGAGGAGGCGGAGGUGGCUUUGGGAGGCUCGUUGGAGGAGGUGGCGGUGGCAGCUCCGGCGGUUUUGGCAGCAGGAGCCUCUACAACCUUGGUGGGAGCAAGAGGAUUUCCAUCGGGGUUGGAAGCAGCUUCCGAGCUGCUUUUGGCGGUGGAGCUGGUGGUGGCCUGGGCCUGGGAGGCGGCGGUGGAGCUGGUGGUGGCCUUGGGCUGGGGCUUGGUGGUGGAGCUGGUGGAUUUGGUGGUGGAGCUGGUGGUGGCCUUGGGCUGGGGCUUGGUGGUGCAGGUGGUGGAUUUGGCUUUGGUGGAGGUGCUGGUGGUGGAGGGUUUGGCUUUGGGGGACUGGGGGGGCUGGGAGGGUUCCCUGCAGGGCUGGUGGGUACAAUCCAAGAAGUGACUGUGAACCAGAGUCUCCUGGCACCACUGAACCUGGAGAUAGAUCCAAACAUCCAGCAGGUGCGGAAAGAUGAGAAGGAGCAAAUCAAGACCCUCAACAACAAAUUUGCUUCUUUCAUUGACAAGGUUCGCUUCCUGGAGCAGCAGAACAAGGUACUGGAGACCAAAUGGACCCUUCUGCAGGAGCAGGGCCAAAAAAACAACUCCAGCAAGAGCAACCUGGACCCGCUGUUCGAGGCCUACAUCAACAACCUGCGGCGGCAGCUGGCCAACCUGCUCAACGAGCGGGGACGCAUGGAUGGGGAGCUGAAGAACAUGCAGGACCUCGUGGAGGACUUCAAGAACAAAUAUGAGGAGGAAAUCAACCGGCGCACGGCAGCAGAGAACGAGUUUGUGGUCCUCAAGAAGGACGUGGAUGCUGCUUACAUGAACAAGGUGGAGCUGGAGGCCAAGGUGGAUGCCCUGAGCGAUGAACUCAACUUCCUCCGAGCCCUCUACGAGGCGGAGCUGGCCCAGCUCAGCGCCCAGGUGUCCGACACUGCUGUCAUCCUGUCCAUGGACAACAACCGGGACCUGGACCUGAGCAGCAUCAUCGCCGAGGUGAAGGCUCAGUACGAGGACAUCGCCAACCGCAGCCGCGCCGAGGCCGAGGCCUGGUACCAGACCAAGUUUGAGGAGCUGCAGGCCACAGCGGGCAAACACGGGGAUGACCUGCGCAACACCAAGGGUGAAAUCUCAGAGCUCAACCGGCUCAUCCAGAGGAUCCGUGCUGAGAUAGAGAACACCAGGAACCAGUGUGCCACCCUGCAGACGGCCAUCGGAGACUCUGAGGAGCGCGGGGAGCUGGCCCUCAAGGACGCCAAGGCAAAGAUGAUUGAGCUGGAGGACGCCUUGCAGAAAGCCAAGGCCGACAUGGCCCGGCAGCUCCGGGAGUACCAGGAGCUGAUGAACGUCAAGCUGGCCCUGGACAUCGAGAUCGCGACCUACAGGAAGCUGCUGGAGGGCGAGGAGAGCAGGCUCAGUGGGGAGGGACUGAACCCCAUCAGCUACUCAGUCAUCAGCUCCAGCUCUGGCAUUGCUGGAGGAGGUGGAAGCAGCUUUGGUCUUGGAGGAGGCGUUGGAAGUGGUUUUGGCCUUGGAGGAGGCGGCGGGAGCAGUUUCGGUCUUGGAGCUGGCGGUGGAGGAGGAGGAGGAGGCUACAGCUUUGGAAGUGGAGGAGGACUUGGACUCGGGGCUGGAGGUGGUCUUGGAGGUGGAUUUGGAGGAGGGAGUGGGAAUUUCAGCUCUGGAAGUGCAAAAGGCACCAACCCAGGUGUGAAAAUCGUCUCCAAAACUUCCUCCAGCAAAAAGAGCAUAAAAAGCCAAAGCCUGAAGAAUGCCACAGAGUCUGAGUGAAGCCAAGCCCAGACCCUCCCGUGGUUCUUCUGUUCCUCCUGCCCUCCAUUCUCCUCCACCUCCACCCCUCCAGCUGCCCCUGCCCUGCUCCUGCUCUGUAGUUCUCACACAUUUGGAUCUCAGGUAAAGAAAAGCAGCGGAAC